CCAUAAGUGAGAUGCUAUGUAGGGGUCUGAAGAAAAUGGGUGCAUUCAUGCAGACUGUAAUGUGUAUUCCUUCUCCCCGGUGUCGCCACAGAGGGCAACUCUUGGGAUUUUGCCGUGCACGGUGUCUCAGCUGCUGUCUGCUUCUCGAGAGAGUGACAGGACCUUUACAAUCUGCAACUGGGAGCUCAACCAGGUGUCUGUAGUGGGCGUCAUCCGAGGCUCGGCGGCCUUUGUGACAAACAUCCAGUACUCUGUGGACGACAUGACUGGUCCACCUUUAAAUGUGAAGCAGUGGGUUAACACAGAGGCCAGUGCUGCUCCUGGAACAUACGUGAAGGUGACUGGAAGCCUACGCAGUCUGGAUGGUCAAAGGUCAUUGCUCGCAAUGAACAUUCGGUGUAUCGAGGACCUGAAUGAGAUCACGUCCCACAUGUUGGAAGUGGUACGAGCACAUAUGCAGCUUUUUGGAAAGGCAUUUGAUGUGAAUAUGAAUUCCACUGUCAGCCAUGGUGGCAGUGAACAUCCUGAAGAUGUCUUACCAAAUGGUUUGUCCACCAUCCAGGGUCAGAGCGUCCCUGACGUUUCUGAUGAAUGAAGGCAUGUCUUCACAUCCAUUGAUGAGCAUUGUUUCUAGUCAACAGAACAUCAACGGACUAGCUGGAGGCAUCCCAGUCCUGGAUCUGAUCAGGAUGUACACACCACCCACAUUUUUGGAGUGACAUACAUCUUUUUUGGUUAAAUUUAUAAGUUAUGAAUAGUACUGUAGCCAAUGGCUUUGUUUGUCUUGGUGUAAAUAUGUUAUACCCUUAUAGGGCAUAGAAUUACUGCCCCAUGGAUUGCUCGGGCUUCUUUAUGUUUGACCAUGCAGUGUAUUUUUUUAAAUUUAUUUCUAAGUUGUAUAUGUGUGCCAAAUUUGUUGGUACCCUUCAAAUGUUAUGUCAUGUUUGUUGCAUAUAAAGGGACUGUGACUCAUCCGAAU